UCCGCCCCCGGCCCAAGCCCGGCCCGGCCUGGCCCGGGCUUCGCUCACCGGCUGCCGGGCAUGGAGCUGUCAGCCAUAGGCGAGCAGGUGUUCGCCGUGGAGAGCAUCCGGAAGAAGCGUGUGCGGAAGGGCAAAGUGGAGUAUCUGGUGAAGUGGAAAGGAUGGCCUCCCAAGUACAGCACAUGGGAGCCUGAGGAGCACAUCCUGGACCCCCGCCUCGUCAUGGCCUACGAGGAGAAGGAGGAGAGAGACCGAGCAUCCGGGUAUAGGAAGAGAGGUCCGAAACCCAAGCGGCUUCUGCUGCAGCGGCUCUACAGCAUGGACCUGCGGAGCUCCCACAAGGCCAAGGGCAAGGAGAAGCUGUGCUUCUCCCUGACGUGCCCACUCGGCAGCGGGAGCCCCGAGGGGGUGGUGAAGGCGGGGACACCUGAGCUGGUGGACCAGGGUCCCUUGGUGUCCACGCUGCCCUUCCCACUCCGCAAGCCGCGCAAGGCCCACAAGUAUCUGCGGCUCUCACGCAAGAAGUUCCCGCCCCGCGGGCCCCACCUGGAGAGUCACAGCCAUCGACGGGAGCUCUCCCUGCAGGAGUCACCAGCCCCAGAUGUCCUGCAGCCCUCUGGCGACUGGGAGCCCUCUGAGCAGCCUCCUGAGGAGGAGGCAGAAGCAGAAGACCUACCUGAUGGGCCCCCUCCCUGGACGCCCACGCUGCCCUCAAGCGAAGUGACCGUGACCGACAUCACCGCCAACUCCAUCACUGUCACCUUCCGGGAGGCCCACGCAGCAGAAGGCUUCUUCCGAGACCGCAGUGGGAAGCUGUGAUCGUGGCUUCCGUUCUUAAGCUCUGUUGGGGCUUGGGUGGGGAACUCCAGAGAUAGGGAGGGGCAGGGAGCAGGGUCAUCAUUUUAUUUUGAAAACACUGAACAGAAGCAUGGGGAAGACCCCCCCCCCCGCCCCCGCCCUGCCCUUGCUCCACGAAGGUCAUUUACAGAGAGGCCUGUGGGACAGGGUUGGGGACAAUGUUUUUUGGGUCCCAUCUCCAGGGCAGAUGGGGAUGGACCCCUAGAUGUCUCCCUCAUUUUCUCUCAGAGCUUGGGUCUGUGAGGAGCCUGGGAGGUCCAGACUAACUUGAGUAGCGGCCCCAGCCUUCUGGUAGUGCCCUCCUCCCUUCUUCUCAGCUUGGGUCUUUAUUUUGAACUUUCCACUCCAGUUUUGUGGUGGGACACAGACUGGCUUGCCACCCGAGCAGGGUCAGCACCGGAGAGAUUGUCGUGGUGGGGCAUGGCCCCUGGCCCUACAGAGAGGUCCCUGUGCUGCCAAGGGAGAAGGCUGCCUGCUGAUCGCUAAGAGUGCUGUCCCAUCAGCUGUCCUGUGUGGAAACACCUAUGAGCACACUCACCUGCCCAGAUGUGCACACAUUGCCUGGUGUGAGCUCACACCUGCCUCACAUGUCUACAGAGCUGCUCACAUGGACUUUGCACACCUUUUAGAAGCCCUGGCCAGGUGAACAAUGCACAAUUCACAGCGCACACUGACUUGCCAUGGCGCCCUCACCCACUGUGCACUCACGUCACGUGACAGGACGUAUCAUCUGAAUCUGUUUGCAGCUAUCAGUGGAGGGCAGGCGUCUGGCAAGGCCUGGCAGCAUCCAGUCUCCAGGCGCACAGGUAUGGCAUUGGGCUUGCACCUGGCCAGGUCACAGAUGUGCAGACAUCUGCAAGGUGCAGGUGAUGCCCACAGGCUCCAAGAUGCUUGGGACGCUCCUUCCUCCCACGGGAGUUCUUGUUCUUUCUGACUCAGGUGACUCUUCAGUCCUUCCUGCCCCUCCUUCUGCCCUCUCAUCUAGCUUAGCCAACCUGGGUACCCACAGGUGCCAGUGGGCAUGGGAAGAUAGGAAGGGACUGUCCCACCACUUUCUCAGGGCCCCCCCUUGUCUUCUGGGCCCCUUCUUCCUUCCCUUUUGGGUCCCCCUUCCCAUCCAACCUGAAUGCCACAGCUGGGACUGGCCUGGUACCCUGGGUGGGCCAGGCUGUGAGGUUCAGUGGCUAUGUGGGCCGCUGUGGUGAGGGGUGAGGCUGUCUGCCUGUGGGAAGCUUGUCAGCUUGCACAGGAGCCCCAUGGGCAGCACCCUCCCACCUCAGGAGCUAGAAGCUGGGGGGACAGUGUUCCUGCCACUCCAACCAUUAGAGCUCAUGUGGGUGGGGGCACUGUCCUGCCUGUCCCCUGACUCUGCUGUGUCCUGGGGAGACCAGCAGAAUUUCUGCAUGGCAAAGGUAGGGCAUCCUUUCUAGACCUCGUCCUGUUCCCAAACCAAAGAGCCUGUAACCAGUUUCUGCUUGGGAUGCUGUUAGCAAACUUCAAAGCCUGGGUCUCCCCUUUUCCCUCAUCCUCAGUUGUCCAGGUCUAUUCAGUGCUUCCAUUGAGGGCAGUCCCCAGAGGGUAGCCUGACUCACCCCUGUCUGGGGAGCCAAAUCUAAAGGAGCAUGUUGGGGAGGGCAGCAGGAGUCCCAGCCCACGGACUCUGGGGCCCUGGAAAGGGGAGAGGCUUGGGGGAGUCAGAGAAGGUGACUGGUGGGUGACAAGGGUUUUCUCACCAGUGACCCAAGGUGUUGGGUCGUGGGGGCAGCCUCCCACAGAAGCCACAGCCCUCUGGCCGGGGACAUACCUUCCUGCACUCUCCGAGGGUUGGCUGGGCAGAGUGAGGCUCUGGGCCAGGCAGCUGUCUUCUGUCUAUAGUGGCAGUGGGUCUUUCCUCUCACAGGGCACUUUAUGGUCCUUGGAGAGCCCUGUGGCUCAGGGAGGGCUGAGGGCUGGCUGAGUGGCCUGGGAUAGGUGGUCCUGAGAUGUCAAGGACUGCUCUGGGCCAGGUUCCCCAAAACAUCUGCAGGCUGUGAGGACUUUUUUUUUUCAGCCCAGGACAGAUGACAGACAGUUGACCUCUGUAUUGGCUACUUAGGCCCUCAGCCCACAGCCCCUACAAGGCCAGUACUUGGGUGGGGAAAGGGCUUUGAAAGCAGUGGCCACCUGCCUUUUUCUCCACCCCACCCAUUUGAAUGUAAAGCCGGGUGGUACUUUCCCUCACGUGGACAUUUGCAGUGCCAUGGCUGAGCCCCUUGGGCUGUGUGGUGAUCAUCUCCCAAGUUGGUAAUCCUGUUGCCAAGUCCCUCCCACCUGCUCCUGGGGAAGGCACUCGGCUUCUUGAGGUGGUAUCGCUUUUUGCUUUAUAAGUGGUGGACAGGACCUGGCCGCCAGGUCUCAGCACAAGGCCACUUCCUUUGCACAGAAUGAGCUCCGAGCUUUGUUGCGACUACAUGAAUGUAUUUGGGAGGGGCUGGGCCCAGGCCUUCACCGGGGAGUGUGUGCUGGGGAGAGUCAUCGGGGGCAGAGCGCAGUUUUAUUUUUGUACUGAUGGUGAAGAGACUGUAUAGCAUCUAUUUAUUUAGAUGAUUUAUUUGGUAGACAAGGCAAAAAUGAUUAA